CGGCUAACUGACGGUGACGGCGGCGGCAGAGCUCCGCUUCUUUGUCUCGCUCGUGUACGGUUCCCGCCUAACGCUGCCAUCUAUGUGGAGCGGGCGCGGUCGAGUGAUAAUUUAAUGACCGUUUUCACUCCCUCGUUUUGUUUUUUUUCAUUUUUAUUUCGGUUUGGAGGCGGCGAACAACCUGCGGUGCUGACUGGGGCUGCGAGGCCGGCGCGGUAACUCAUUUCCCUACCCUUCCCAAUAAUAUUCUUCUUUUGGAAGUUUUUCGUUUUGUCAAGCCGCCAAAGUGGAGAGUGUGAUUACAGAAGGGGUUGCUUCUCGUUUCAGCACUAAACGAGAUGUCAACUCCUUGAAUGAGAAAGAACGGCAAGAUGGAAUCUUCAGGAAAGUCAGAGGCAUUUUGAACAAGCUUACUCCAGAGAAGUUUGACAAGCUAUGCCUUGAGCUCCUCAAUGUGGGUGUAGACUCAAAACUGGUCCUAAAAGGGAUCAUUUUACUGAUAGUAGACAAAGCCCUUGAAGAGCCCAAGUAUAGCUCGCUAUAUGCACAGUUAUGCCUGCGUCUAGCAGAGGAUGCUCCUAACUUUGAUGGCCCAUCUCCAGAGCUGCAACACCACAAGCAAAGUACGACAUUCAGGCGCCUUUUGAUUUCGAAACUUCAAGAUGAAUUUGAAAACCGUAGCAGAAAUGUCGAUAUCUACGACAAGCAUGAUGGCCCCCUCUCAAAUGAAGAGGAAGAGCAGCGGGCCAUUGCGAAGAUCAAAAUGUUGGGCAACAUCAAAUUCAUUGGAGAGCUUGGCAAACUUGAUCUUAUCCACGAAUCUAUCCUUCAUAAGUGCAUCAAAACACUUUUGGAAAAGAAGAAGAGAGUUCAAUUUAAGGAUAUGGGGGAGGAUUUGGAGUGCCUCUGUCAGAUAAUGAGGACAAUAGGACCUAGACUAGACCAUGAAAAGGCCAAGUCUCUAAUGGAUCAGUACUUUGCCCGGAUGCGUUCCUUGAUGCAAAAUAAGGAAUUGCCAGCUAGGAUCCGUUUCAUACUGCAGGAUACUGUGGAGUUGCGUGAGCACCGCUGGGUUCCUCGCAAGGCUUUUAAUGACAAUGGACCAAAGACGAUAAACCAGAUUCGUCAAGAAGCAGGAAAGGAUUUGGGAGUUUUUAUUCCGCCGUCAAUGGCUCAUGGAAUGAGGAAUGACUUCUUUCUGGAGGGCCCUUUUAUACCACCUGGAAGGAAAUUUGACAGAGACCCACUUGGGGGGCUUGCUGAUAUGUUUGGACAAAUGCCGGGUAGUGGAAUUGGUACUGGUCCAGGAGUAAUUCAAGACAGAUUCUCACCUACCAUGGGGCGACAUCGUUCCAACCAAAUUUUUAAUGGCCAUGGUGGGCAUGUGACUCCUCAGUCUCAGUUUGGGGAAAUGGGAAGCAAGUCUUUCCUUAAAUCUAACCAGAUCAGUUUGAGGCCUGCACAGUCAUUUCUGCUGAAUAAAACUCUAGUGCACAAGCUACAACCGCAAACACCAACUAUGAUCCCACCGAGUGCACAGCCUCCUCGUACUCAGACACCACCCCUUGGGCAGCCCCCUCAACUAGGUCUCAAAACAAAUCCACCCUUGAUUCAGGAGAAGCCUGUGAAGAACAAGAAAGCACCUUCCAAAGAAGAACUGAUUAAACUGACCGAAACUAUCCUAACAGACUACCUGGCUAAUGUUAACGUAAAAGAUGCUGUUAAUGGAGUGAAAGAAAUGAGGGCACCAAAGCCUUUCCUGCCAGAAAUGUUAAGCAAGAUGAUUGUGCAGACUCUAGAUCGCUCUGAUGAGGACAAAGAACAAGCCAGCUGUCUGAUUGAUGCACUCAGGCAGGAAGGGCUCAUUACGGGUGAAAAUUUCAUGCAAGCUUUCCUCAACGUAUUGGACCAGUGCCCCAAGCUGGAGGGGGAUAUACCGCUGGUGAAAUCUUAUUUGGCCCAGUAUGCAGCACGCGCCGUUAUGUCUGAGCUUGUGACCCUCUUGGAACUUGCGCAGCCCUUUGAAAAUGGAACCCAAUUCCCCUUAUUCUUGCUUUGUCUACAACAGCUUGCCAAAUUGAAGGAUCGAGAGUGGCUAACUGACCUUUUUCAGCUGAGCAAAGUCAACAUGCAGAAGAUGUUGCCAGAAAUUGACCAAAACAAGGAUCGCAUGUUGGAGAUACUGGAGGGCAAAGGUCUCAGUUUCUUGUUCCCGCUUCUGAAAUUGGAGAAAGAGUUGGCAGAACAAAUUAAGAAUGACCCAUCCCCUCAAGCCAUUUAUAAGUGGAUCAAGGAUAACAUUUCUCCCAAAUUACACACUGAUAAAGGAUUUGUCAACAUUCUUUUGACCAGCUUCCUGCAACAUAUUUCUAAGAUGGCCCCAGCUGAAAGUGCUGACCCAACAGGUGUUCCUUCCAAGGAAGUGUUAGAACUUGAGAAGCAGCUGCUCCUGUCCUUCAAGCCAGUAAUGCAAAAGUUCCUGCACGAUCAUACAGAGCUACAGGUUAGCGCCCUAUACGCAUUGCAGGUGCACUGCUACAAUCACAACUUCCCUAAAGGUAUGUUACUGCGCUUCUUUGUGAACUUUUACGACAUGGAAAUAAUAGAAGAGGAAGCCUUCUUGGCGUGGAAAGAGGAUAUCAGCCAGGAAUUCCCAGGGAAAGGCAAAGCUUUGUUUCAGGUGAAUCAGUGGCUAACCUGGCUGGAAACUGCAGAGGAGGAAGAAUCUGAGGAGGAAGAGGGUGACUGAAAUCGGCCAAAGCCUUAAACUUGUGCAAAUAUACUGUUGCUGUGAUGUAACUACGUUCAUCCCAACCACUGCAGAGAUUCAUUCCACUGUUGCAGUAUUUAGCGCAGGAGCAUGUUCAUGGCUCAACUUCUGCAUAACCUUUAGUGUAUGUCUUAAGCGUAGUGUACCAUUGAAUCGUAAGAUUACAGUACCUUUUUAGGCAACUUCAUGACCUAUGAAUAGCAUGCAAUAACUGAACCCUAAAUUUACUCGGUGCGAGCGGUAGUUAUAAUGAAGACAAUGCUGUUGGCUGCUGUUCUACAUUGGUUAUUUUAAAAACUGAAUAGCAACACCAAGACACUGUAGAAAUGCACUUUGCUCAGCAAAAUACUUGAGUCGUUGCAAUAUUUGAUUUCUUUUCCCUUGGAUUGUUUAAAAACAAAAUAAAUUGGAAACUGUAAUCAAGGGGUUGCAGCUGUAACUUUAAUUUGCCUGUAUUUCUAUCUCCACUUUUUGGGCUUUAAGGUACAUGCCAGGGUUAACCAUGCUUAAAUCCUGUAAACUGGGCAAAUGCAAGUCUUUAAUCUCAUUUACUUGCACAAUGCUAGCGUGCCCUGGUAAAGGACUUUAAAGUGCUUGUUAAGACGGGGGGGGGCGGGGGGGAAUUCAAUGGUGAAAUUAAUGGAACUAACUUUUCUUUGACCCCUCGUGUGUGAUAGUAACAAAAUGAAGCCUACUUAAUUUAUCAAGUUGUUCACUACUUGUUCACAUGCCCUGAUUUUAUAUACAGUAACUUGUAUCUAUAAUAAACAUUGUGAUACUUGAUGGCUUAUUUUCCUGUUGAUUGUUUCUUGUAUAGAAGUUGAAGGAUAAGACCAGCUAUUUGCUUGUUCCAUGUUCUAUCUAAGGACAUCUCUAAAAUUUGGGCAGAGCAUGUAUCUUAUGGUAUAGGAGAAAAUCUCCAGUCAGAUCUGUGGGAGGUGGGUGUGAUGGUAGCUUACUGGCUUAUUGUGGCUGCAGAUUUGACUAACAUGCUGUUUAAAAUGCAUUUCCGUGGUUGAUGCACGUUGCUUUACAGUUUUGGAUUGGUUUUGGUGUGAGACAGACCGAAUGAAGGCUGUGCUUGGUGUAUGCGUUUGCCAACUUUUGCAUGUCUGCCAAGAUUGGGAAAGGGAAGUAAUAAAUGCAUCGGAUCAAGGUAUUUUUGAAUGUAUUUAAAUGCAAGUUUUUUUGCAAUUUAAUAAAAACAUUUGCUUGGCAUUGACAUUAAAAUUCCUAACAUCAA